CUGUGCACCGGCAAACCAUGCAAAACAAACCCACCUGGGCGUUAUCUCAUAGAGCCUUCGAUCGAUAUUCAAUCUGAACCCAAUUCCAGGACUCCACCAGAGUCCCCCACAACCCUCUCUCUCUCUUCUGUGUCUCUUCCUCCCUAUCCUCUCCGUCGUGAAUCUUUUCCACUUCAAGGCAACAGGUUCUCCCCAAAUCCCAGUCGCUUAGGCGCCAUUGAGGAGGAAGUUGGCGAGCGUGCAAUGGGUUAACGGCGUCGAUCCAAUCAGCCCGUCAUCGGAACCGCGAGAAAAAGAAAGGGAGGGUUCGUGAGGGAAAGGGGAGAGCAUCGCUUCCUCGUGAAGCCGCUUGACGCGCACCAUCAGCCCGCUUUUUGUUGGCGUGUCCACAUCGGCUCCAUCAUCACCACCAGUCCCAAAAAUCCACAAUGAAGGACCGCAUGCAAGAACUUCGACAUGGGAAGGAGACGACGGAAGAGGAGGAUGAAGUGGCCGUGGGGAUGGACAAAGGAUUUAUGGAUGAAUUCUUUGAGCAGGUGGAGGAAAUCCGAGGUUUCAUCGAAUCACUGGCGGAGAAAGUUGAGGACGUGAAGAGGAAACACAGUGCCAUCCUUGCGUCACCAAACCCUGAUGAGAAAACAAAGGCCGACUUGGAAGAUCUAAUGGCGGACAUCAAGAAACUGGCCAACAAAGUGCGCUCCAAAUUAAAGAGCAUUUUGCACACUAUCGAGCAAGAAGAAAGUCAGAACAGGUCGUCGGCCGAUUUGAGGAUACGCAAGACACAGCACUCAACAUUGUCACGCAAGUUUGUGGAGGUGAUGUCCGAGUACAACGCCACCCAGUCGGACUACAGGGAGCGCUGCAAGGGUCGCAUUCAGAGGCAGCUGGAGAUCACUGGAAGAAAUACAACCAAUGAGGAGCUGGAAAGCAUGCUGGAAAGUGACAAUCCUGCUAUCUUCACGUCGGGGAUCAUCAUGGACAACAUCACCCAGCAGGCCAUGAACGAGAUCGAGACACGGCACAACGAGAUCAUCAAACUAGAAAACAGCAUCCGAGAACUGCACGACAUGUUCAUGGACAUGGCCAUGUUGGUGGAGAGCCAGGGCGAGCUGGUGAACAACAUUGAGCGCAGUGUGUGGGAGGCACGCAACUACGUGGAGCAAGCAAAAGACACCAUCCCCAAAUGCAAGAAGUUUAAAAAGACCAGCAGGCGGAAGAUCCUCCUCAUAGGAGGCUGUAUCGCUGCUUGCUUGAGCGUCCUCAUAAUUUCUCUGGCGGUUGGCCUCAGUUAGGACACGAGAAGACUCGCGCAACAUUCCAGCCCACGUGACCAACGUAACGAGGGCCCUUUGUGCUGUACCCAAGCUUUAAAUCAGUGCUUCUCAAUUAUUUUCUGUUACGCCCCCCCCCCCUAGCAAGAAGAAAACUAUUCGCGCCCCCCCUCCCCACCGUGACUAUCCCAACUUGUCUUGUAAGUCGUAAAAUGUUGCACUGUCGCAAACGUGACAGAAGUAACAAUGAGAGCGCCACUGCCCCCUGCUGUAGUAAAGGCGCAAUUACACUUUAUUCUAGUACUGCGCGCCCCACUAUUUGAGAAGCACUGCUUUAAAUGGACUUUGUGCUGCUUGCACAAUGAAUUACCCUUAGAUGUUAACCAACGUUUAAAAGAUAACACAAUUCCCACUGCGUGAUUCGCAGGCCUACAACAAACCUGUAACACGCGUGACUCCUGCAGAGCUUUUGCAUGUUGCAUGACCCAACUUUCUAGAGAACACAUUUUUUAUGUGGAAAAUUCUUUGCAUGGAUUUUAUACUGUAAACACUCCAGCAAUACAUGCAAAUAAUCACAGAUUUUUUGUUUUUGUUUUAUUGUACUUUUAAUUUAUGGUAUGAGCAAAAGUAUGGGGACGCUGCUUCAUCAAGAUUAACAUCUGUGCAAAACCUUUCCACACUUGGCCACCAGGUGGCAGCCUAAGACACACAGGCUGGUGGGAUAAUAGUCAUGGACAACGUAUGACGUGAAUCGAAGUCCCAAUACUUUUGCAUCUGCGCAGUAGACUAGCACUUGUGUUUGCUUAUUAAAUGUUCUAACAUGUUGUCAUUUGCUCCCUACUCGCUGCCCCGGAUGGCUGAUGCUCUUCUUUUGUCUUCUUUUCUUGGUUAAAUAGAAGAAAAUAAUGAUUAUUAUAUGCUGUGUGAUUCUGGGAAUCAUCAUUGCGUCUGCCGUGGGAGGCACGCUGGCCUAAACAUCUACAAACACACGCACGGCAAAAAAACACACACGUUCUCAUUUGCCAUGAAUGCAAAGGUAUUACGCAAUGUUGGCACACGACGGCGACAUAUUUUGGCAUGAGUUUUGUAUUUUGUAAAAUUUCAAAAUAUGUGGUGCUCCAAAUGUUUUGAGUGUUGUCAACGAUAUGAUGCCGAACCCAAGCGAAUUCUUGCUGUGGAAAAAGUUACAAAAUGUACCACUCUAUACAUUCCAAGUAUAACAAUAAUACUGACUUGUCUGUUUUGUGUGUGGGCAAAUGCGAGUAUUCUAAAAUAACCCCCCCCCCCUAAAGCCACAUUUAUUGACCGUUUUUCAUUGACAUUUUAUCCAACGUAGGAUAGCGUUUCGAGCGGUGACGUCACGCUUCCCACAAUGCACCGUGGCAAAUGUAAACAACGCCAUUUUAAUUAAAAAAAAUAAAAUUGGCACUAAUUUCGGAUCGAACCCUGCACAUCUGUACUGUGAAGCGGACGUGCUAAUCAGUUCCCCAACAAUAUAUUAGUCUCAAAAAAUAUUUAAAUAUCGAAAAUGUACAACUUUAAUCUCUACAAUAUAACUUGACACGAAGUAUUUGAAUCUUUUUGUUUUCCAGACGACAACUUUAUUCUCUUCACAUUCAUACUCUAUGAUAAUGUCUGACUUUCUCAUAGAUACAUUACCGUUUUUUUCCAUGUAUAAUGCGCAAAAUUUAACAAAUUUUUUGUCCUAAAAUCUGGGGUGCGCAUUAUACAUGGGUACAAAAAAAAGACUUUUUUUCUUUUCUUUUUUUUUAAUCCGCAUAUGAUACGGAGGCCGCCAUUACAGAUGCGCUUUCUUCUUUGCUGUUCACUUCAAACACGCUCCAUACAAACACAGUGCUCUCGUAUCAGACGCUUGCUCGAUCACCUGCUCGUUUGCCGUCACAAUGUACCCUACACAAAUCUGAAACAUUUCUUCGCUAUCAAGUUUGCUAGCGCAUGCGCAGUGAUACUGACCGGCAGAAUAACAUCCGGUUGUUCCCAAAGAUGAUCUUUUUUCUGAAAUAAUUUUACGUUUACGGACUUAAGUAGGAGUCAAAAUUUGGGUGCGUAUUAUACAUGGGUACAGGCUUUUUUCCAGCAUCGACAUGCCAUUUUUAGGGUGCGUAUUAUACAUGGAAAACAACGGUACUUUAUUCUCAUGUGGUCAUAAUUGACGGUCAUAAUUUUAACCUUCAAGUUUUUUUUUUUUUUUACUUUUCUGGGUGGCCCGAACCCUCCUUUGUACUUCCUCUCCCUCCCUUGCAAAACAACAACGGCAAAAAUCCUGCAUGGUUAAGUUUGUCUUGCAAAAAGAUCUGAGAGGCAAAAAUGCUCCUGCGCUUUAUUUUUGUUUUGACGAUCUUAGACUGUGUUUGUUCAAGUGGUGAGUACCUGAGCGCAUGUGGAAAUAGCACCGUGUUGUUUUGUCAAGACAUGUUGACUGCAAGGGAUGAAAGGAUUGCUUGUCACCUUGUUUUGUGCUGUGGAAGCGUCUUAACACUGCCAGUAUGUUCAAAAAACAAAAUGUCCGCCCUGGUCAAGCUGUUUGAUGACCCAAUUUCUUGUGUGUGAGUGUGUCUUUUGAUAACCCUCAAGCUUUAAACGUCCAUUAUGUUGGUUCGAACUCGAAGAUGUCAGCUUGAAAAAAAAAAAAGUCAUCGACCGUGUUACCAUGUUGCCUCCGCGACCUGCUGCCUUUGUGUUGUGUCGUGAUGACAUGUUUUUGUUUUUCAAGUAAAGCUUGUCUGGAAAAGGAAACAGACUGCUUGUG